CAGAAAUAUGCGCCUCAGGAAUACAUAUACAACGAUUGGUUCGGCACACACCACCCCUGUUGCAUAAUAUGUUCGAGUAGAUUAUUUGUUAAUGUUGUAAGUUGUGCAUUCAUGUCCUAUAAUAAGUCAGUUUUAUAUCGUUACUGGCUGCGGUAGGUUACCUUCUCAGCUUUAGCUAGCUGCUCACUGUGCUAAAGUAUACACAAAGUUGCUGGCUGUGUUUGUAACAUAGAGUUUAAGAUAAACCACACAGGACAUAAUCAUGGUUUAUACACAGAUACUGAAAGCCCUGCAUCAAAAUUUGCAGCAGACAGCGACACAGUACGCCGUGCAGACAUGUAAACUCACGCAGGUUAGCUUGCUCAUCCACACACACAGGACAGUGUCAACCGUAUCCAGACUGACCUUCCACAGAAGAGUAGAGGCUCCUUCGCCUGUUCUGCCAACCCUGAGCUACUUCAUUCAAACACAGAGACAGCGGGGUAUUUCUCUCGACUUUAGGGCCCGAAAUAAGAGUAGCCCCGAGGACAGAGACAAGUCAGUUGCCAGGUAUCAAAGUGGGAGCCCAAAGCCUUCAGCUGCACAAAAAGUGAAGGAAGCUGGCAGAGACUUCACCUACUUGAUUGUUAUUCUCAUUGGGCUUGGAGUGACAGGUGGGCUGUUAUAUGUGGUGUUCCAGGAGUUGUUCUCUUCCUCCAGCCCAAAUAAAAUCUAUGGGAAAGCCUUCGAAAAAGUCAAGUCACACCCAGAAGUGAUUGGUGCAUUUGGGGAGCCACUCAAAUGUUAUGGUGAGACCACCCGUCGAGGAAGGAGGCAGCAAGUCAGUCACUUGGAGUACGUGAAGGACGGACUGAAGCAUAUGAGACUUAAGUUUUACAUUGAAGGCUCAGAGCCAGGCCUCAAAGGAACUGUACAUUCAGAGUCAAAGGAGAAUAAUGAAACUGGAAAAUAUGAGUUCCGUUACAUAUUUGUGGAUAUAGACACCUACCCAAGACGGACCAUCAUUGUGGAAGAUAACCGAUAAGAAAGAUGAUGGACUCAGAAGUGAUACUUCACUGAAAAAAUGUGAAUACUGUGUUUCUAUAAGGCAAGGUUGUGUUAUUGGAUAAAUAGCUAAGGAUGUAGACUGUAAUUUACUAUUUAAAGUUGUCAUGCAUUAACAAUUAUGGCUGAUUUAAAUUUUGUUACAAUGAUGUACUCGUCAGCAAUUGGUGAGGAGAUUUGCAAAGCAGAUAAUAACAGAUAAUUUUUUGGCUUUGGUUUUUUUUUUUGACUGAAACAAUAGGAUAGGAAUCUUGAAAUAAUGUGUAAUCAAAGAUGCUUUUCGUAAUAAAAAUGUUUGUCUGUUAUUUGCACAAGAAUACACAUACAAUUAAAAUAUCAGUGCUUUAUUAUUA